GUCGUUAGGGUCCCCCGUCUGUAGGUUACUGCUUUGAAUCCCACCUCCUUGAUCCAAGUACAAUACACUGUACUCAUAUAUUAAUCAGGAAUGCGCUGUUGUGUAAGUGGGUCAAUCACUGUAGUUACUUAUCUAAAAUUACAAGUUGCCUUCGACAGAAGAGGCGGAAAAACAGCAGUUAAUAGCAGCCAAAGUGACUGAAGAGUUUGGCUCCAUUCCAAUGCGGAACUCCGAUCCGGGUUUUGUCACAGAUAAUGAAGAGGAGGAUCCUCGGGAGUUGGGCACUCAGUGAGAGGAGCGAUCACCUCUACUGGAAGAAGAAGAAAAGAGUUUGAAAAGGUUGUUCCUCCAGCUGUCGGGGGGACCGUUGUUCGGGGCGCGCGCUGGCUGGAUGGCGGGAGCGGGAGCGGGAGCGGGAGCAGGAGCGCGCACGACACGAGACGGACGGACCGAGUGAUCGACUUUUCCCAUUCGCUUGUUGUUCAAGUUGUUGCAGUACGCUGUUUCUCACCGCACUCAAUACAAUUGUCCUACGCGGAGGAUAAGAAGCCAGUUCAGUGAAAGCACACAAUGGUUUUUCGGAAAGAUGACUGACGUUCAGCGCAGAGUUGACGCGCACAAGCCAAGCAAGCAAGGGGCGCGAUGUCGAAUGAGUAAUAAAUAAACGGUCCGUAGAGCUUUGACACUCUUGCUUACUUCUUCUGUGCAUGCGAGCCGUGGACGUCCUGCACUUUUUUGCGGAGCCGGAGCUACGAAGCCCCUGGGCCGGCGGGAAGAUGGGAGCCGCUCUCUGGAUCGCGGCUUCUUCUUGCCUCGCGCUCCAGCUGCUGUGCGCCGUCGCAUCCGCGCGCCUCCGCGAGGACGCGAGGCUCGCGCAGGAGUACGGCGACGAGAGCGUGAUUGACCUGUUGGAAGCCCUGAACAUCACACGCUCCAUCAAGGGUGUGACCAAGGCCAAGGGGUUGGAGCCAGGAGCUCCAGCAUGGAAGUUCCGUCACCGGGCACCGCAUUUCACUCUGCCUCACGACUUCUCCAUCUACUUCCUAAGCACCAUGCAGGGCUCCAUCGGGUUGCACUUUGUGGCUCAGCAGGCCAAAAACUCGGACGGCACCCUCAUCUCACUUGUGUCACCUGCUGCCAUGAAAGAAGAUGGCCGGCCUCUGCUGCGGUUGGUCUCCAGCACCCGAUCCAACCAACUGCGGCUAGACUACCGGGCAGCACACAGCAUGCAACCGUCCAGUUUUGUCUUCCCUGGCGGCACCCCUUUUGCCAAUGGGCGCUGGGCUCGUAUGGCCCUCAGCCUGGAGGCACACAAGGUGUCGCUCUUUAUUGACUGUGAGGAGGCUGUCAUGUUUCAGAAGAGUCACGGAGAGGAUGUUCUCAGCCUUGUGCUACCCAUUGACCUGGAGAUCACCAUGGCCAGCAUGCCGGGGGACAAGGCCAGCAAGUUCCUGGGAUAUUUGCAAACAGCGGAAGUUUCAACUACUGGUUACCAGAGACGGCCCUGGCGCUGCGAAAAUCUAUCAGAUCCACUGCCUUUCUCAACGUUGAGUGAGCAGCUGGUAGACCCUGUCAUGGAGGACACCGGUGAAGGAGAUCCCAGGAUACAUUUGGAACCACAGUCAGAUGUGGCACACGACCAGCCACAGCGAAGUCCCCUGGGUCCUCCAGGGUCACAAGGAAGGUUUAGAGCUGUGGCCAGUAGUGAAGAAGACAGGCUUCGGAGGCUGGAGGGCCUGGUGGAAGGCCUCAGCAGCAUGGUGGAAAUGCUCAAGACUCAGAAUUCAGAGUUGCAGACACGGGUGCAGUACUUGGAGUCGUGCGAAUGCCGGAGGCCUACCUGCUUCUGGGAGGGCCAGCAGUUGGAGGACGGGGCACGCUGGGAGAUGGGCCAGCGCUCUGCCUGUGUGUGUGUUGCUGGGAAAGUGCAGUGUGCAGUCUCCGAAGAUUGCAGUCUCGAUGGCAAGAGGUACCACAGUGGAGACAGAUUCAGUCCAGACCCCUGCUCUAGCUGUUCAUGUGAGAAUGGGACAGUACAAUGUGAGGAGGUGCGUUGCCCACAGCUCUCUUGCCUCAAGCAAUACAUCCCACCUGAGGAAUGCUGUCCAGUCUGCCAGCCAGGUUGCGAGUACGAAGACGAGAUGUAUGAGAAUGGUGAUGUGUUUAUAUCUAGAAGCAACCCCUGUAUGAACUGUUCCUGCGCUAAUAGCUUGGUGAAGUGUAAUCCUGUGCAGUGUGUAGCACCGUCUUGCUCCAACCCUGUCCAGAGGCCGGGCCAGUGCUGCGCCACCUGCUCAGAGUGUGACCUGGACGGCCGACCCUACAGUGGCUCCUUCAACACUGCUGACGGCUGUCAGUCGUGCACCUGCGGGGCGGGUAAUCUGUCUUGCGUUGACAUCUACCAGUGUCCUCAAACCUGCAGCCAUGGUGUAAAGCCUCCGUUCGGAUCCUGCUGCAGGGACUGCUCUCGCUGCCUGUUUCAAGGCCAAGUGCUCCUAGAUGGCGUCACUUUCGCUGACAGCCAGGACCCGUGCAAGCGUUGUGUCUGCUCGGAGGGAAACGUUCUAUGUAUGAGUGUAUCCUGCCCGGCCUUGGAGUGUACAGCCACUGAGACGCUCCAUGGCAAGUGCUGCCUCCAGUGCAGAGGCUGUGUGGAAAACAGUGUCCAACAUGAACAUGGCUCAAAGUGGAGACACCCGCAGAGUCCCUGCACCAUCUGUACUUGUUUGGAGGGACGGGUCCAGUGUGAGAUCGAUACGUGCCACAUCCCCUGUAGGAACCCUGCAAGCCCUCCACCAGGAUCUUGCUGUCCUGUCUGUGAUGGCUGCAGUGUGAAUGGUGUUAACUACCUCUCUGGUGACCGUGUUCCUAGUGCAGACCACUGUCAGGAGUGCACAUGUUUGAGAGGUGACCUCCACUGUGGCCCUGUCCUCUGCUCAGUGAUGCCAUGUAGAAACCCAGUGCAGAGGCCUGGAGAGUGCUGUCCACGAUGUGAGCAGUGCGAAUAUGACUCCCAGGUGUAUGCAGAUGGACAGACUUUUGCCUCUGCCCUUGACCCAUGUGUCAAGUGCCAUUGCUCGGGUGGCCUGGUGUCCUGUGAGCACCUGGAUUCACAGUGCCCUCCUGUGCGCUGCAGCCACCCUGCCAGGACAAGGGGGCAGUGCUGCCCUUCCUGUGACAUGUGCGAGUACGAAAGGAGGGUCUAUGCUGACGGAAAGGUGUUCAACCCCCCUGGGAGCGGCCCAUGUCUCCAGUGUAUCUGUAAAGGUGGGAACGUUCGAUGCCACCAGGAGCGCUGUCCCCAAGUGCGCUGCUCCAAUCCCAUGAUAGACCCGCAGCUCUGCUGCCCCGUCUGUAAAGUGUGUAUUCUGGAGGGCAUGGAGUUUGAGGAGGGGACACAGUGGGAACCAGAUAGCCAGCCCUGCAGCAGCUGUGCCUGCAUCAAUGGGGAAGCUGUGUGCCAAGUGUCCCAGUGCCCCCCCGUGUCCUGCUCGCAUCCCACCAGGGUUGAUGGCCUCUGCUGUGCCACAUGUGAUCGCUGCACCUACAAGCAGCGUGUUUUCGAGAACGGCCAGGAGUUCGCCGACCCUGAGAGCCCCUGUCAGUGGUGCACCUGUCAGGACGGCACAGUGAAGUGCAGGAAGACCCAGUGCCCUCCUGUGAACUGCUCCUCCAGCCCGUUGGCACCUGCAGGGCAGUGCUGCCCCCAGUGCCCAGACUGCAACUUUGAGAACCGCGUGUUUGUGGAUGGGGAGAAGUUCCCGAGUCCCGUGAACCCGUGUCAGCAGUGUGUUUGCCGAGGUGGUCUGGUUGACUGUCAGGACCACGAGUGCCAACGGCCCCACUGCAGCUACCCACUGCCUGGCUCCUGCUGCCAGAACAACUGCAACGGCUGUAGCUAUGCCGGGAAGGAGUACCCCAAUGGAAUGGAGUUUGCCCACCCCACAGACAAGUGCCGCACCUGCCACUGUGUUAAUGGUAAUGUCCAUUGUCAAAUGAAGAGGUGCCCCCCACUGCAGUGCAGCGAGCCCUCCGUGACAUCUGGAGAGUGUUGCCCAAUGUGCCCAGCGCCCCCUGCAGACUGCCUGCAUGCUGGGCAGCCAUACAGACACGAGCAGCGCUUUUAUGACCCCACGGAUGAAUGCCACACCUGCGUCUGCAGCAACGGUACCGUGAGCUGCCAGCGCAAACCCUGCGGCCCCGUGCACUGUGUCCACCCGAUCCUCCAGGACUGCUGCCGCACCUGUGACGGCUGCUUGUAUGGGGAUGUGGAGCAUUCCAAUGGAGAAGCAUUCACCGACCCCUCGGACCCCUGCCGGGUGUGCACUUGUCGAGAAGGAACGGUGACAUGUGAGCUGCAGAGGUGCCCUGCUGUGUCCUGUCCCUUCCCUGUUCAGGGACACUGCUGCCAGACCUGCAAAGGGUGCAGCUAUGUUGGGAAGGAGUACCUGAAUGGCCAGGAGUUCACUGACCCCCGUGAGCCCUGCAACCUCUGUUCCUGCGUGAAUGGUCACGUGACAUGCGGCCGCAAGCCCUGCUACAGCCCCGGCUGCACCCACCCCAUCACGCUGCCGGGUUCCUGCUGCCCCGUGUGUGACGGGUGUUUGUACAACAGUGUGACCAUUGCCGAUGGACAGUUGUUCCCAGACCCCAGGGACCCAUGCUCAGAGUGCACCUGCUGGGCAGGAACGGUCCGGUGUGUGAAGAGGGUGUGUCCCCCGGUCGCAUGCCGCCACCCCGCGACUGGCCUGUGCGAUUGCCCCGUUUGCGACGGUUGCUUCUUCAAUGGACGUCCGCACGUGGACGGAGAGAGCUUCCCUGGGCCCGGUGGUGUCUGCGAGGAGUGCGUGUGUUCGAAAGGGGACGUGAGCUGCGGCUCAAAGCGCUGUCCCAAGGCGACCUGCUCGCACCCUGCUGCUGACUCGUGCUCCUGCCCUGUGUGUGACGGAUGCGACUUCCAUGGCAGAGACUGCCGGAAUGGAGAGCGCUUCCCUGACCCUAAAGACAAGUGUCAGCGCUGCACAUGUCUGAACGGUGGGGUCACCUGCGUGCACGUGGGAUGCCCAUCUGUCCUGUGCAGGAACCCCGUCCUUUUGCCCGGGGAGUGCUGCCCCGUGUGCACAGGCCUGUGCCAAUACUUGGGCCAGACGUUUGAGAGCGGAACCACAUUCGACUCUCCAACUGACAGCUGCUCCACAUGCACCUGCCUGAACGAGGUGGUGACUUGUCACCGCAAGCCCUGCUCCCAGCAGUGCUCCCACCCGGUGCCCUCAGCAGGCUGCUGCCCAUCCUGCGACUCCUGUCUCUACGAGGGUGUGACCUAUGCUCACACGCAGACCUUCUCUUCAACUUCAGACCCGUGCCAGCGUUGCAGCUGUGUGCGAGGCAGUGUGGCCUGUGUCCCCGUUGUGUGCCCUCCUGCCCAAUGUCCCAGGCCAGUCACCAAGCCUGACCAGUGCUGCCCCGAGUGCCAAGUAUGUUUGCACCAGGGGGUGGAUUAUGUAGAUGGGUCCCACUGGCUGUCCCCUGCUGAUCCCUGUCAAGAAUGUACUUGUUUGCGGGGUGAGGCAAAGUGCUCCCAGGUGGUAUGCGAUGUCCCUUGCCGUGACCCAGCUCCAGUCUCAGGCCUGUGUUGCCCUCGGUGCCAGGAUUGCCUGUUUGAGGGUGUGCUGUACUCCAAUGGAGAGGACUUCACUCGGGACAGCUGUCGCAAGUGUACCUGCAGUGGAGGAAACGUCCACUGCACAAGCAUACCGUGUCCCAGUCUGGACUGCGUGCACCAAGUGACAGACCCCGCAAUGUGCUGCCCCCGGUGUCGAGGGUGUAUCUACAAUGGAGUGGCACGUGACGAGGGCAGCACCUGGUUUGCCGAUGCCAUGCCAUGCAUGUCCUGCAUGUGUGUGGAUGGGGUGACCACCUGCUCAGAGGUUCACUGUGUGUCCCCCUGCCUAAACCAGGUCCACAUUCCAGGGGAGUGUUGUCCAGUGUGCGCAGACUGCAUCUACGAUAACCAUGUGUAUGGACCUGGGGAUAGCUUCCACCUCUCGAACGACCCCUGUCAAGUUUGCACAUGUGAGGUCAUGUUCAACGGGGAGCAGCACCUACGCUGCUACAGGAAGCAGUGCCCAAGUCUGGUCGACUGUCCCAAGAAUAACAUCAUUUUCUCUGGGCCGGACCCCUGCUGCCCUGUUUGUGCACAGCCGCUGAGCAACUGUACCACAACCCUGAUAGGCAAUGAGGUUCAUGCCACGGAUGACCCCUGUUUUACCUGUCAUUGCAAGGACCUGACGUGGACCUGUAUCCACCAGGGCUGCUUACCCCUCAGCUGCCCUGCAUCUGAACAGUUCACCCCAGAGGGAUCCUGCUGCCCUGUCUGUGAAGAGUGUGUGAUCGAGGGAGAGAACCGCCGUGUUGGGAAUGGCGAGACUUGGAUGGACAGUGUAGAUGAGUGCAUCACGUGCACUUGUAAUCUGGGCUACAUUGAGUGCAACAUUGAGGAGUGUGCUCAGAUCACCUGCCAGGAUGGUUUGGUGAAAAUGAAGUCAGCUGGGAGGUGCUGCUAUGAAUGUCAAGACCCCAGCGUGUCGUGCAUGUACGGGGGUGACGCAUAUCUGUCCAAUGAACACUGGGAGGUGGACGAGUGCACCAGCUGCAGCUGCUUAUCUGGAGAGGUGCACUGCCAGACUGAGCGCUGCCCGCAGGUGGCUUGUGCCUCGGAUGAGACCCCCGCUCUGAUUCCGGGAAUGUGCUGCCCGCACUGCAUCCCACGACCAGCCACUUGUGUGGCAUUUGGGGACCCCCACUAUCGCACAUUUGAUGGGAAGAUGAUUCACUUUCAGGGAACUUGUACUUAUGUGCUGACAGAAGACUGUGAAGGGGGGGACUUCAGCAUCUAUGCUACUAAUGACAACCGCGGACGCAAAGGUGUGUCCUGGACCAAGGAGGUGACCAUCUUCAUCGGUGAUGUUGUGGUCCAGCUUCUGCAGAACUGGGUUGUUAUGGUUGAUUAUCAGACCGUGGAUUUACCAUUCCUCAGAGAGCCAUACAUCUACGUGGAGCGCAAAACAAAUACUGUUCUGCUGAAUACCAACAUUGGAGUGAAGGUGUUGUGGAAUGGCAAGUCCCACCUCGAGGUCAGCGUUCCGGGGACCUACAAGAACAACAUGUGUGGCCUCUGUGGCAACUUUAACAACUACCCCCAGGAUGACAUGAGGAUCCGCACUGGUCAGAUUGUGCAGAGUGAGGCGGCGUUCGGCAAUAGCUGGAAGGUUCAGAGCAAGAAUGGGACCCGCACAGAGUGCCAUGAUGCUCAUGAUGUGGACCCCUGCAAGGAGGCUGGCUACUCGACCCGCAAGGCAGCCAAUGCCCGAUGCGGUGUCCUCAAGUCAGAGGCCUUCGAGCACUGUCACCGGGUAGUCCCACCUGAAAUGUUUUUUGCCUCCUGUGUGUACGACCUGUGCGCCUGUGGCUCCAACGUAGAUGACUGCCUGUGUGACUCCCUGGAAGCGUAUGCCUCUGAGUGCCGGGAGGCUGGUGUGAUCCUGCAGUGGAGAUCUCCAGGACUCUGUGCGGUGGGCUGCCCAUUGGACCGUGGCUUUGUCUUUGAUGAGUGCGGACCCCCGUGUCCCAAGACGUGUUUCAACAAAGAUGUGCCAUUGGGGAUUCUAGAGGCACACUGCUUCAAGCCCUGCGUGCCUGGAUGCCAGUGCCCUGCUGGCCUGGUGGAGCAUGAGUCCCACUGCAUUGCCCCGGAGGCCUGCCCCAGGGUCAUCUAUGGCAGCUCCUGAGUGACGGACUUGACCCACACUUGCAAAUGGCAGAGAAAGCUGCUGGGGUCAAUCACACCCUUCUACAGUUGUUUCAGCCACUCACAUUAAAGUUGUGAUGGAAAGUUAGACAAAGCACAACAGAAAUAGCCAGUUUUUGUGUCCUACUUACUUGCGGAGUUGAUUCUCAGCUCCCACUGGAGUACCGUGCUGAAGAGACCUUACUGCUGCAGAAACGGGAAAUAGGUAUCUGGAAUGUGAAUCCAUCUAUUUCUGCCUGACGAGGUGCUGACAUCCAUGACAACGUCAGUAAGGAAAAAGAAUUCGUAGGAAGACUGCUUACUGUGAUGAUAUGUCCUGUCACCUUCUGCAGAAGUUCCUUUGUUUGCUGGAUACUGAAGGUUUGAACAUCCACAUGCGCAGUAUGGCUUUCCGCUUUCACUCUGAAGGUUUCUUGGUACAUAUAGUUCUUCAUAUUUUAAUUCAGCUUGAGAUAAAACCUUGAGCGAUUCGUAACACAAGGACAAAAACUGCAAUAUUAAGAAAAUUUAAUCAUCUAUCAUUGUUCUCUGUCCAAAUUGUAGUCCAGCGAAUUAUGAUGUGGAGUAAAUGUUCGAAAUCAGAAGAAAAUUCAUCCCUUCUAUCGAUCAUAUAGUUUUUGGAAAGGAACAUACUGUAUGUGGUAUAUACACCACAACAGCCAAGUAUUAUUACUGAAUUAAUAAAACUAAAGGAAAUACAGGUAACACAAAUCCUAAUAAAUUUCAGAUGCAUUGCUGAGAAGACUCAUCUUCCAAUUAAUUUAAGAGCAUUUGAAUUUAUUAAAUCCCUCUUACUUUUAUGUUAAUAUCCCAGGUCUUCAUUGGUUACUAAAACCAAAUAAAACCAAAACCCAAAAAUAAAUACUGGUAAAACCAAAAUCCGAUUUCCAAAACAAAAGGCAUUGUAUAUUGUAUGCUGCUGCAACCAAACAGAAUUUUCCUCUGGGAUUAAUAAUUUCAUUUAAUUCAAUUCAGUUCAGUUUAACAGAGAGCCAGAACUGUGUCAGUCCCCCAUACUCCGUGAGAGAACCUGCCAACAACCACUUUAUUUACAGGUGCCAGCCACUCAAGGAAUGUACCUCAAAACUCCUCAGUAAACAGCACUAAUUGCAUGUUCCAUCCAGAGCCCCUCCAGAUGUAGAAGGUGCAUAUGUAGAACAUUCAGAAACCAGAAUAAGAAUACAGCAGGAAGAAAUUCAGUUUUACCAAAUACCACCCUCAGCCUUUCAGAUUUGCCGGGCGGCCAAACUGGAGAACCGUCUCUUUGCGUAGAUGUCUGAAUCGGCUGGGAAAGAGAAGUCACGGCAGAUCUUCCGUACUUCCGCUCUCGCAAUCUCAGAGAAAUCUUCUUUGUAUGAUUUUAACCAGUAGGUUGGGGCGGAAUCACAGAUGGGAAUCUUUAAAUGGGAUCUUGUGUUUCUUCACUGCGGUUUUCGCAACAGCUUUUUUUUUUUUUGAGUUGCAGAAAUGGAACCAAAAUGCUACUUUGAUGGACAUUUGGGUCGGAAGUACAACCAGGUAGGCAGAUUGGCCAUCGGUUCCUCCCAGGAAUGUAGUUUGUCCUGCAGAAAUUGUUUGAGAAGAAUGAUUUCUUUGGCAUUUUCAGGUACUCACAACUGUCACAUUGUUACUAUGGUUACUGUAUUCCACUUUUCACUCCAUUGAUCCAGCUUGUGAUUCAUUUGAGUCCUCCAGAGGACAAACCAAGCGUUCAGUCCCAACAACAAAAGCUUCAAAACUAUUUAAGUUUUAUUUUCAUAGUUGCAAUGCAUGAGGAGAGUUUCUUUAGAUUUCCCAGCUUUGCGAACCCAGCAUCAUUAUAGCUCAUUUGGUCAGAAAUCCUUCUUUGUUUGCAUGGUCUGUAUCAAUCUUUUCUCUGUGGGCUCUGUUUUACUUCCAUUUCAUUUGGAAAUUCUCAUCCUAUUUAGUGUUCAGUAAAACAAUGUCACAUGCAUCCAUGAUAUAACAUCUCAUAUAUACAGUAUUUGCAAACAAUAAUCGAACCCCAGAAUUUUCAGUAUCAGACCAACACAUGAGAGAAGUAGAAGACUGAGCUGAAUUAUGUGAAGUUAUAGGGUGCAGUACUUUGAACAAGUUAAAUGACUGGACAAUUACAUUUGUGCAUUUGAGUUGUAUAAUUUCUAAUACAGUAAAACAAUAUAAUCAUGCAGGGCAUUGCAGUUAGAACCACAUCUACUGGCAGUUAACAGCAUUGACUGCUCUCCCUUUCCUUCCAAAACCUGACAUAAUUUCAUAUUUUGAGACUGUGACUUCUUUAGCCGUGCUUAACUUAAUCAGUAAAGUGUGAUAUAGACACUACUUGAGACUCAUAGACCAUCUAAGAUUGAUACAUGGUUUUGUUUGUCAUGAAACACAGUUUUUUUUUUUUAACUGUUUUAAAACCAGUAACUUUUUGAGACGUGUAGUUCCAGCUUUCAGGAUCUGGAUUGUGUGGUCUUCUCUUCAGGGUUUUGUGAAAUCAGACAAUAGAAGUGAGUGAGAUCUUUGGGUUUCUUGGCUUCCAAGCUGGAUGCACCUUUCAACACACUGAUAUUAAAUAAGGUCGUUAAGGACCAGAUUUCUCAAAUCUUUGUUUCAGUCAAAAUUCUUACAGAAAAAAAAAUAAUUUUCUUGUUUUACUGUUUGUUGCACUUGGUAGAUUUCUCUGUAAUUUUCAUUUACUCUAUAAUUUAUUACAUUGAGAUGUAUUUAUUUCAAAUGAAACCGGUGCAAGUUUUGCGCUUGUGCAAAGGCUUGUCAAGUCAUCCCAAAGAUUGCAGAAAUUUCCUUGUGGAAAAAGUGCUUUGAGAACAUCUGUGUGUCUAGAAUUGUCAGUCACCAUGGACAAGAGAAUCAGCUCAAUACAAGUUAAUUAUGUGUGUUGAUUUUCAUAUCUUAGUCUUACACAGUCAUUAAACACAGAGCAUCCCUCUUCAUCAGUAUUUUUAAGUAGCAAAGAAAACUUAAAAUGAAAUAUGAAACCAUUUA